UAUAACUAUCGACAUAUGAAGUAUAUUUGACCGAGUAAGCGAAUAUUGAAGCAAAUACAACUAUUUAUAUAUCCUUGCGAAAUUACAUGCUUGAUUUCAAAAUGUGUCUUCAUUGAGAAAUAUACAGAUAUAGAAAGGUGGUGGACAUUUUAUUACCAUUCCUCCGAAACCGGACAUUAUCUAUCGCUUAACGACUGGAUUGCUGCCUGGUAUUUAGGACAUUAAAUAACAAGAGUAAACAAUGUGGUUCUUUUACACCAGGAUAGCAACGUUUGAAAAUGGGCAAUUUGGGCGAUAAUCAGUGUUUAUUUAUCAUCAUUGGUGGAAUCGUGGGAGCUGUUGCCCUCGUUUUAGUAAUAGUUCUGCCGAUGAGCUUCGUAACCCUGGAAUAUCACGAGUAUGGUUUCCGGCGGCAGAAGAGUACUGGGUGGGUGGAUACCAGCAAGGUCUACUCUGGCGGCAAGCAUUUCCUGGGUCCAGACUACGAGUUUAAGACGUUUAAAGCUGACGCACAGUAUCUAAAUCUUCACAAUAUUAGAGUGUUUACCCGCGAUAAGCUCGAGGUAUCUGUUACUGCACAUGCGCAGUAUUUCAUACGCAAGGACGAAUUACCGCUACUUCAUGCUGCCUAUGACAUCUACUACGAAGAUGUGAUGCGUUCUAGCGCAGUGGAUGCAGUCAAAGGCGCUAUCCCUGUUUACAAUACAACAGAACUGAGGACAAAAAGGCAGGAAAUUGAAGCAGUAGUUUACAAAGCGGUUAGAGAGAGAUUGGGCGGCGAAUGUUGCAGACCUAAUUGUAACGAAUAUAAACAAGCUUGUCCGGAAAGGUGUAUCUCGCGGUCGUCUUGCAAAGACAGUGACAAAGGUCUUAACGUGGAUGUGAAGUUCUUCCAGCUGACCAAUAUCAUCAUACCUAAUGACGUCAUAGAAAGACUUAUGGAAAAUCUUCUCCUUAUUGAGAAAAAUCUUAGAGAACAGCACAUUCAGAAUGCAACUGUCGUAAGGACAAAAACUGAUGGAAUGGUAGCAGACAUUAAAAACCAAGCAAAGGAAAUAAGAGAGUCGGCCACCGCCGAGUCACAGAAAAUAAAAGUUGUGUCCGAAGCAGAAUACACGGGCGCCAUCGAGGUGGCUCGAGGAACAGGUCUGAAAAAACUCUACAACAGCCUUGGCAUCAAUACGCAAGAGCAAAAGAACAGUUUCGACUAUCUACGCACACUUAGAGGGCUUGAUAACGUCCAUAUGACUGUUGACUUCCAACAGCGUAUUGCUGGAAAUAUUGGAUAGGCUGUGUUUUAGUUCUUUGUUAAGAAAUGACUACCGUUUCAAGAACUUAGAAUCUACCUUUGUAAUCGCAGGAAAUCUCAUAUGGGUUAGAUCCAGUUUUUAAAAAAAAAUUUUUUUUUUAGCUGACAAAGAAUUUCAUUGUUUCAAAAUAUAUCAUUUAUUGCUGUUAUGCUUUCAGAAAAAUGCACACAUUUCCUGGAAAGGUUAUAGUUUUUCAGGAAAUAUGUGCUUUUAAUUCAUAAGCAAUAGGUAAAUGCUGCUGAAAAAAAAAACGUAUUUUUAUUGUAAAGUUUAUUUACAUUUUUACUGUAGAAAAGAUUUGUUUUUGAUAAAAUUUUGUUUUUAUCGGGUGAAAUUUCUGUGCAUUCAGAACAGACUUAUUUGGUAUCUCCAUUGUAAGAAAAGUAUUUUUUAUCUUUAUAGUAUUUUCUUUAUAAAUAGUUUUAUAGUGUAACAUUUAAAUCAUUUUUUGUUUAUUUGUAUUUCUAGAAAAGCUGAGAUUGACAGCUAUUUAGCAGUUGUGCAAUUGAGUUAGUGGACUAUUCAAUCUUUAUACUCAGUAUUGUGUAUGCAUAUUAAAUACUUGUUAUUUCUUCAACUAUAAUGGCUGUCUCAAUUAUACACUAUUCAUUGUAAUACAAAGUUAUUCUCAUUUUACGAUAAAAUAUUCAAACACCUAUGAAAUAUAUAUUUACGACAUAUUAAUUAAUAACUGUGUUUGUAUUGUUUUACUUAUUUUUGUAAAAUUCGUAUUCUCUUUAAUUCAUUUUUCCACUGGUUUUACAGUCUACACUUAUUGAAUGACUCGUUGGCUAACAGUCAAAACUAUUGACCGAGAUCGUCUGGACUGCGAGCAUGUACUUUUCACUUUUCAUAGUCAUUUAGUGUGUUUUAUCAUACGACAUCAUAAACGAUCAUUAAAAGAUUUCAAUUCUCGAAUUUUACUAGCCCAUCGAAUCUGUGUAAAGACUUGUCAGUAGUACAAAUGAUAGACCAGCGAAUUUUAGAACGAGUUAUGUAACAAUGACGCAUAUGAAUGUGUACAUAUAGUAAGGUGAUUCCACCGUUAUUAUUCAUCAGGUCACGUGGUCAUUUCAGUUCGGAAGUCAACCACUGGAUUGUUCCAUACUUCCUUUCGGGAAAAUUGAUACUAUAUGCAGUCACGCCUUCCCAACUGGGAAGAAAAAUCGCCCUUUCUGACUUGCUUCAUUCAAAAGGUCCGAUGUAUAAGAAUAUACAUUGCAUUAUUAAAUAAAAUACACCAUUGUAAACCUGAAAAUAUAUCUAAAUUUCUACCGUUCAUUUCUAAGAAAAAUUACCGCGUUUCAUAGUUUCCUGAAUUGGAAUCUGGGAAACUAUAUAAAGUGAGAUACUAGUAUAUUAAAUUGUAUGCCCUUCAAAUAGUAUUUAACACACACAUAUAUAUCUAUUAAAACAGUUUUAACAUUGUCCAGCAUGAUGGAUAUAAGAACAAAAUAGUUUCAUCAGAUCUGGAUUAAAAUGUUAGUACAUGCAUUUUAUGUAUUUAUUUAAACGGAGAUAGCAGAAUUACAAUUCGUUUCCUUCACGUAUUUCCAAAUUUAUUUCUAACGUCUCAGUAUGUAUGUUUAAUGAUAAACAUAAACGGGAGAUUUUGUUUUUGAGCGUGUUUUACCAGAUUUGCAUACUGUGAGGAUAAGUAAGUUGAUCGAUAAUUUUAAAUGCAAUUCAGUGUAAAUAUGUAGCGGUGUUGUUGACGUUCCUAUUCGAGAAGCUUUGAGUUUCAGAUAUACAAAUCUUGAAACAAAAACUGAACUCUAGAAAUUUAGAUAAAUUGUCUAACAAGCUACUAUAAUUAGUUACAACGUUCCCACUCUGGAUGUAGGGAAAAACCAUCAGUUACUGGCUUCCCGAAUGGAAAGUUUCCCCUGCUGGUAGAGAUUAAAAAAGUAAAUAUAUAGCCCUUAUCAUAUUUACGGAAAAAAGUUAUAACUUUGGAUACUACUUCCCCCAUACCAGUAUGGAUACUACUUCCCCCAUACCACUAUGGAUACUACUUCCCCCAUACCACUAUGGCUACUACUUCCCCUAUACCACUAUGGAUACUACUUCCCCUAUUCCACUAUGGAUACUACUUCCCCUAUACCACUAUGGAUACUACUUCCCCUAUACCACUAUGGAUACUACUUCCCCCAUACCACUAUGGCUACUACUUCCCCCAUACCACUAUGGCUACUACUUCCCCCAUACCACUAUGGCUACUACUUCCCCCAUACCACUAUGGCUACUACUUCCCCCAUACCACUAUGGCUACUACUUCCCCCAUACCACUAUGGAUACUACUUCCCCCAUACCACUAUGGAUACAACUUCCCCCAUACCACUAUGGCUACUACUUCCCCCAUACCACUAUGGCUACUACUUCCCCCAUACCCCUAUGGCUACUACUUCCCCCAUACCACUAUGGCUACUACUUCCCCCAUACCACUAUGGCUACUACUUCCCCCAUACCACUAUGGCUAGUUCUGAUGAUGUUCACUCUUUUAGUACCAAGACUCCUAAAUUAUGUUUGAAAUUGGUAAAACAGCAUUUUGAGUUCUAAACGUAUUUUAGUUCUAUAUUCUAGACUCGUUUUGGCAAACGUUUUGAAAUCCUAACCACUCCCAUCCCGUUGAUCUUUUAAUUAAAUUUUUACGUUUUAGCACUUGUAAAAGUAUUUACUUUAGGCUUAAAUAUAACCGUAAGCUUAGUUUACUGCAGUACAAACGAAAAUGAAGGGGCCUCCGUGGCCAGGUGGUUACGGUCACUGGCUGCGAAUCACUUGUCCCUUACCGUUAUGGGUUCGUAACAUCGCUAUAAUUAGAGUGUUUUUUUUCAUGCGGGGAAAUCAUCCAGCUGGCUUAGGGAAGGUCGACGGUUCAACCCUGGUGCCCACUCAUGGUGAAAUAAUGCCUGGAGGGUCACUUUGGAUCUUUCCCAACUAUUAAAAAGCUGAAAAGUCGCCAUAUGAACUACAAUUAUGUAUGUCGGUAUGAUGUUAAACCCAACGGAACGAAAAGGAUGUUAGUUUGAAGUCUUUGGUAUGCACAAAUUGAUUUUGAAAGUACACCGAGACUGGCCUCCUUGAGCGAUCAAAUAAACCCAUAUGUUAUUUAUAUUUCGAAAGGGCAUGAUUCGUCGUACAAUUUUAUUAAUUAUGCUUGUCUAUUAACAAUGAGCUCGAAGUUUAAUGAUAGUGUUUUUCAAACGCUGUUCCUAGUAAUUUCGAUUUAAACCAUUUUAGAUAAAACACACUAUCUUUUGACAUUUAGUUUAGUUUUAUGAUGCAAAAAUAUUGUCGAAUCAUUCGGCCGGAUAACUUCUUCUACUCGGAAAUGCUCCACAACGUGUUUGUAUUGAUCCGCUCAUUUGACAGGAUAUCCUAAACGAUUUGUACAUGGUUGGUACUUGGAAUGUCAAAAGCAUGUGAUCCUUAAGCGAACACAUAGAAUAUGAAGCAUAUUGCUAUAUAAACUGAAAACAAAUGAAGAAAGACAAGCGAAUCAAUGUUUAAAAAGUUUAUGUUUGUUAUUGUUUGAAAUUUGCAUAAUAGGUAUGA